AUGUGUGCGUCCUCAUCUCUCCCCACCUCCUCUCGGCCAACGCACCCGCUGACAGCCCUCGCGCGUGCAGCCGACCAGCCGCCGCCGCGCAAAAAGUCCAAGUGGGACGACGACGAGGCCGACCUCGCCGCAGCGCGCGAGCUCAAGCGCGCAAAGAAGGCCGCACUCGCUGCCCGGCUCGCGACCGAGAAGGAGCGCGCCUCGCGCGCCGCCGCAGCCGAGGCGAGCGUGACGGCGAGCGCGAGUGCGAGUGCGACGAGCAGGGAGAGGACGCCGGCGCGGCUCGAGGGGCGGGCGAGGCGGAUACCUCGGCGCGGGAGGGAGGCGCACCCUCUCCUCGAGAGCUGUCGCUCCGUCUAUUCCUACGAGCGGCUGAACGAGAUCGAGGAGGGCAGCUACGGCAUCGUCUUUCGCGCGCGGUGCAAGACGACGGGCGAUAUCGUCGCGCUCAAGAAGCUCAAGAUGGACAAGGAGAAGAACGGCUUCCCGAUCACGAGCCUGCGCGAGAUCCAGACGCUCAUGACGGUCCCGCACGACAACAUUGUCCGCGUUCGCGAGGUGGUCGUCGGCGACACCCUCACCCAAGUCUUCAUCGUCAUGGACUUUAUCGAGCACGACCUCAAAACCCUGCUCGCAAACAUGCCGACACCCUUCCUCGCGUCCGAGAUCAAGACGCUCAUGCUCCAGCUCCUGUCGGCCCUCGCCAUGUGCCACGACAACUGGAUCGUCCACCGCGACCUCAAGACGAGCAACCUCCUCAUGAACAACCGCGGGCAGAUCAAAGUGGCCGACUUUGGCCUCGCGAGGACGUACGGCGACCCGCUCGGCGACAUGACGCAGCUCGUCGUCACUCUCUGGUACCGCGCCCCCGAGCUCCUCUUUGGCGCGACCGAGUACUCGACCGCGGUCGACAUGUGGUCGAUCGGCUGCAUCUUUGGCGAGCUCAUCCUGCGCAAGCCGCUCAUCCCGGGUCGAGGCGAGAUCGACCAGGUCAACCAGAUCUUCAAGCUCCUCGGCCGCCCGACCGACGAGAUGUGGCCAGGGUUCCGCAAGCUCCCCAACGCCAAGUCGUUCAACGUCGAGGCUGCGCAACCAUACUCGACCCUCUCGACAACCUUCCGCUACCUCACCGCCUCGGGCCUCGACCUCCUGCAACGCCUCCUCACCUACGACCCAGAGCGGCGCAUCACGGCCGACGAGGCGCUCCGGCACCCUUACUUUGACGAGUCGCCCCUGCCCAAGGACCCGAGGCUCUUCAACAGCUUCCCGAGCGUCGCGAGCGGCGAAAAGUGCGUCGCUCACGUUCCCUCUUUCUCUCUUUGGCGCCAUCAGCCGGACGUCGGGUUGCCAACAGACUUUUCCCUCGAGCGCGCGCAGGAAGACGACGCUCGCCUCGCCAUCUGCGCCCCCGGCUGGAGGGUGCGUCCCACGUUUCUCUCUCUGUGUGUGUGUUGCGACGAGCGUGCGUGUACAGAGCCUGACGAUCUGCCCUCGUCCUCCUCGUGCGCAGCGGGUACGACUUUGUCUAGCUCUCUCCCCCUCCCCUCCUGUCGACACUGCAAUAUCGCCCCAGGUCUCCCUCGUACCUCGUCCAGUCGUAGCGAGGUGUCGUGA